AUGAUGGUGUUCGCUUUUUGGAAGGUUUUUCUAAUCCUAAAUUGCCUUGCAGGUCAGGUUAGUGUGGUGCAAGUGACCAUCCCAGACAGUUUCGUGAAUGUGACUGUUGGAGCUGAUGUCACUCUGCUAUGCCUCUACACCACCACUGUGUCAUCUCUGGACAAACUUUCCAUCCAGUGGUCUUUCUUCAAUAAGGAGGUGGACCCGAUUUCUCAUGGCCCGUGCCUCAAUACUGAGGGUAUGGAGGAAAAGACAGUCAGUCAGUGCCUAAAAAUGGCACAUGCAAGAGACGCUCGGGGAAGAUGUAGCUGGAUCUCGCAGAUCUACUAUUCUGAAGGUGGACAAGCUUUAGCCAUUGGGCAAUUCAAGAAUCGAAUUGUAGGGUCUACCAAUCCAGGUAAUGCAUCUAUCACUAUCUCGCAUAUGCAGCCAUCAGACAGUGGAAUUUACAUCUGUGAUGUGAACAACCCUCCCGAUUUUGUUGGCAAAAACCAAGGCAUCCUCAGCGUCACUGUGUUAGUCAAACCUUCCAAGCCCCUUUGUAGGAUCCAAGGAAGCCCAGAAGCAGGUCAUCCUAUUUCCCUGUCUUGCCACUCUGCAUUUGGAACACCAUCACCUGCUUACUACUGGUACAGAAUUGAGGGAAGCAACAUUGUGCCAGUGAAAGAAAGUUUCAACUCAGCCACUGGGAUUUUGGUUAUUGGAAAUCUGACAAAUUUUGAACAAGGUUAUUACCAGUGUACAGCUAUCAACAGCCUUGGGAAUAGUUCCUGUGAAAUUGACCUAACCUAUUCACAUCCAGAAGUUGGGGUCAUCAUUGGUGCCUUGAUUGGUACUCUAAUAGGUGCUGCUAUCAUCGUCUUUGUGGUCUGCUUUGCAAGGAAAAAAGCUAAGGCAAAGCAAAAGAAGAGUGAUUCUAACCCCAGCACAGAACUUGAACCAAUGACAAAACUGAACCAAACCCGAGAGACUGAAGCAAUUCCAACUGAAGAUAUUAUCCAGCUAGAAUCAACUCUACCACCAUCUAUUCAUAACACCAAUCCUAGUGCCAUCUUGGAGCCAGAAUAUGAGGCUAACCCCCGGCUACAGUCUGCCACACAGUCUGCCCCAGGACCUGAGCCUGAUAUGGAGAUCCAGCUGGAGCCAGAGCCAGAGACUGAUCUUGAGCAGGAGACAGAGCCAGAGCCCGAGUCUGAGCCUGAAAUUAUAGCUGAGGAACAUGAUGUGGUUAAGGCAUAGACUAGUGCCUUAAGUGUGACAUUCCUCACUAAGGAUCCCAUUACUGGCUUUUGAAAUUUACUUGACUUAGCCAGCCCCCAACUUCUCCCUCCUCCAUUCUGACCAGCUCUCUUCUAGCAAGGUGCUCAUUCUUACCAUUAAUCCAAUAUAUAUAUAUAAGUCAAGAUAAUGUCUAAUCCAAGAAUUCCUGCACUGUUAGUAUAGCAUACUUAAAACUAUACAAGUAUGUAAGCAUAACAAAUGAGAAGCCAAGUGAUCGAUUCCUAACUCAGCUGAAAACGCAUUUGCAGCAGCACCUGCGUCUUACUGCAUAAAUCUUUACUUCAGUACUCUUUGUCAUAGUUCAUAUGAACAUGUGACAAGGUGGCAUUAAUUAGAUUCAAUAUUAUUUCUAGGAUUAGUUGUCAGUCUUCCAUGUCAAUUUUAUAUUUACCACUAAGAAAAUAAUUUGACAGCAUUAACUCAUAGGUUAGAAAAAAAAAAUUCCUCCCCAAAUAAGAAGGUAUGUAUUAAUUGGUAUACAUGUCAUUUGAAACCAAGUCUUACAAUUGUUACUUCAUUUAUCUUGUUUGAUUUCCCAGAGAAUCACCUUGGGAAUAGCACCUUGUAAAUAGCAAUUUUUUACAUAACUCAAUUUUUAAAUGCUAAA